GUUCUCUUCCCCAACUCAACCUUCGCCCACUUCCUCGUCGUCCCUGAAAAUGUUCGCGAAGCUCAGCAUCCUCGCCCUCUGCGCUGCUCCUUUGGUCUCCGGCCUCACCCUCCACCCACCCACCGACAUUUCGUCCCAGGGUGAAGUCACCAUUACUUGGGACACUGCUCCAGGCGACCCUGAGUCUUUCACCCUCGAGCUCAACCACCCCAGCUUCAACGAUGCCCUCGCCAUUGCCAACAACAUUGACCCCGCACGAGGCUCCAUCACCCUCACCAUCCCCGUCGUUCCUGCUCAGGGUGGCUAUACCCUCGAAGCCGUGAACAUUGGCAACAUCAACGACGUCUACGCUGUCACCGGCCCCUUCGCCAUCGCAGAGCCCACCGCUUCCAUCCCCACCACCCCCGUAAGCACUGGCACUGGUACCGCCUCACGUACCGCUACCGGUACUGGAAGCGUAACCACUGGAGCCUCGGCCACCCACUCUGGUAGCGCCUCGGCGUCUGGUUCUGGUGCCAGUGGAAGCGCUUCCCACAGCGGAUCGAGCUCUGCUCCUAAUGUCACCAACCUUGCUGAUAGCCACGACGACUCUUCUGCCACCUCGUCGAUCGCUUCCCGCCUUGGCCUCUUGGGUGCCGCCGCUGUUGGUGCCGCUUUGGCUCUCUGAUUUUGACGACUUCCUUGGACUUUUUUUCGGUGUUGAGAACGGACAUUUGAGUAUCUCGACCAUUGUUGUAUUACCCCACCGACUAUAUCCUUUAUAUUACCCGUAAUAAUUCUUGGACGCUUUUUGGAACUUUUUGCCUUUUUCCUUUAUUCUUCUUUGAUUUGACGAACUUCUGGGAUAUAUGGCUUUAGGCAUUCAUUAUCGAACACCAGCACCCACCCAGACAGUUGUGUAGACUUUCUUUUUGUUGUUGUCUGCAUUGGACAGUAUCGUAGCUAGCCCCUGCGUUCCUUUGGUCGCUCUAGUUUUGUAUACGGUUUGUUCUACAUUCCUUUGCAAGAAACACGCCAGUUUUUGUCGAUUUG